UUUUUUGAUUUAUUUUGACAUUUUGUAAACAAAGUUAUAAAAAAAUUUCACAACCUGAAUUUCCGACGAUUAUCAUUUAUUAUGCUUAAAACCAUUAAACGAAACGGAGGAGCUACAAUGAAAGAAAGUAAGAGUAAAAUUCGAAAAGUAAUGAAUACAUGUUUAUUGGAAACUCCAAUCAAGUCAAAAAGUGAUCGAAAAGAAUACAGAUUAAUUUAUCUUGAAAAUGGACUAAAAGCAUUGCUUAUUCAACAUAAAGCUGAAGAAAAUUCGGAUACUAGUGAUGAUCACAAUGUGUCUGCAUCCGAAUCAGAAGAAGACGAAUCAGCAUCAGAAGGUGAAGAAGAAGGACACGAGAGAGAAAAACUUGCAGCUGUUGCUUUAUCAAUCGGUACUGGAAGUUUCAAUGAUCCAAAUGAUAUACAGGGACUCGCACAUUUUGUUGGUAAGUUUACAUGUCAAAUCAAAUCUAUUACUUGCUUGCAUACUAAAAUUAAUUUUAUCUUUAGAGCACAUGAUAUUUAUGGGAAGUGAAAAAUAUCCAAAAGAAAAUGAGCUGGACCAAUAUUUAAGUGCAAAUGGUGGAGGAAGUAAUGCAUUAACUGAAUGCGAACAUACACUAUUUUAUUUUGACGUGGUUGAAGAACAUUUAUCAGAAGCCAUGAAUCGCUUUAGUUCCUUAUUUGUGGCACCACUAAUGUUGCCUGAUAGCAUAUCAAGAGAGAUCGAAGCUAUUGAGUCAGAAUUUCAAAAUAACGUUAAUGAUGACGACAGUAGAAUCGUUCAAUUAUUUGCUUCAAAAGGUAAUGGACCUGCAUCUACAUUCACUUGGGGUAAUUUGAAGACAUUAAAAGAAGAAAUCGAUAGUGACAAAUUAUAUGCAGCAGCACACGAAUUCCGUUCUAAAUAUUAUGUUGCCAAUAAUAUGUAUCUUUGUGUUGAAUCAUCAGAAUCUUUGGAUAGUCUUCAAAAUCUCGUUGAAAAAAAUUUCUCUGAAAUUAAAACUAGUACAUUAAAUGAGAACCGUAGUUCUUUAUCCUAUCUUGACUACUUCAAGUCUGAUUUUCACGAUAAAAUUUUCUACAUUAAACCAAAAAGCGAUAAAUACAAAUUACUAAUGACAUUUGUCAUGCCAUCAAUGAAAACACACUAUAAAUCCAAACCACACGAUUACCUAGCAUACAUUAUUCAGCACGAAGGUUCGGGAAGUUUAAGCAGCUAUUUUAAACGAAAUCUUUUAGCAUUGCACGUUGAGGCCGGUGUUGAAGACCAAUCAUUUGAAGGAAAUUCAUUGUACACUCUAUUCGGCAUCGAUAUUCUAUUGACAGAAAAGGGUUACAACAAUAUUGAAGUCGUUCUUCAAGCUAUCUUUUCGGUAUUGUUAAUGCUUAAGAAUACUCCGUUUGAAAAUCAUGAAAAGGCAUAUUUGGAACUCAAAAAGAUUCGUGACACGUCAUUUGAUUAUCAGGAAGAAAAAACGUCGAGUGAAAAUACUGAAGAUUAUGCUGUUAAUAUGAUCUAUUAUGAUGCUCCUGAUAUAAUAACUGGAAGUGACAAAUUUUUCCAUUUUGACGGUAAAAUGGUAAAGGAACUAAUUGAGAUUCUUAAUGAAGGCAAAUUUAACCUGUUGAUACUAACUGAUAAACAUCAUCAAUAUCCAAAGAUUGAGAAAUGGUUCGGAACAGAAUAUGACGAACUUGAUUUUCCUGAAAAUAUUCGGAAGUUAUGGAAUAAUCGUCAGUUAUCAUCAGAUUUUUUUAUGCCAUUGCCUAACGAAUUCAUCUGUUCUAAUUUUGAUAUCGUUUACAACAAAUCUCAAGAAAAUCGUGAAUCGCAUUGCAUAAUAUUACCUGAAAAAAUUAAAGAAAAUCUAAAGAUGGAAUUAUGGUACAAACUUGAUAGUAAAUUUUUGUUACCACAUGGAUUUAUUAACUGCUAUUUGGAAACACCAAAUACAUUUAAAAAUGCUCGUAACAUGGUUCUCACGUCAAUGUUUUCGUUAAUCCUAAAAUAUUAUUUAGAUGAAAAGUUAUAUCCAGCAAUUUGUGCCGGCCUUGGAUAUAGUAUUAAUGCUGCUGAAAAAGGAUUGCUAAUUAAAUUAAGUGGAUAUAACGAGAAACUGUUGCUUUUGCUGGAUAUAAUUACUAAAGAAUUGAAAGAAAUUCCAAACAAAAUAGAAUCAAAAGUGUUUGAAACGUUUCGUGAACAAUGCAGGAAGAAUGGAUAUAACAAUCUUAUAAAUUCUAAGUUUGUGACUCGGGACCUAAGAUUGUCAAUUUUGGAAAAUCAGCAUCAAUUUUGUCUAGAUCAAUAUGCGAUGACGGAGGAUAUAAAGUUCGAUGAUAUUGUAAAUUUUGCAACAAGCUUUCUGGAAGAACUUUAUGUCAAAAUUAUGAUUCUUGGAAAUUUUGAUAAAUCAGAAGCUUAUAAGAUAGCUGAUAAAUUGAAUGAAAAUCUGAAGAUAACAAAGAAUAUCGAUAAAAAAUUAUUGGUGUCAAGAGCUAGAAAAAUUCCGAAAGGAUUGCCAAACAUGAUGUACGUUAAAAGCUUUUUACCUGAUGAUAAAAAUUCGACCAUUACAAAUUACUAUCAAAUUGGAAGAAGUACUAUAAAGACACAAUGUCUUAUCGAAUUUAUUGAAAAGCUAAUGCAAGAACCGUUAUUUGAUAUUCUCAGAACUAAAGAGCAAUUUGGAUAUUCCGUAUCAUGCAGUCACCGUGUAAAUAAUGGAAUAAUUGGAUUCACGAUAACAUUGCAAGUCCAAGAAGAGAAGCACUCAACAAUUUCUGUAAAUGAACGUGUCGAAAAGUUUCUGAAUGAAGAUUUUAAGGAUAUCUUAUUAAAGCUCACAGUUGAUGAAUUUGAAGCUAAUCAAAGUUCAUUAAUUAAGCUUAAAAUGAUGGAAGAAGUUGAAAUGGAGCAUGAAAAUAAUAGACUUUUUUCAGAAAUUUCUAGCGACGAAUAUCUUUUUACACGUCUUGAUUUUGAAGCUGAAAUGAUUGGACGAUUAAAGUUAAAGGAAGUCCAGGAGUUUUAUAAUGAUAUUCUGCUGAAAGCACCAAAACUUUCAAUUCAAGUCAUAGGUGUAAAUGAAAAGAAAGUCGAAAACACAAAUGUUGAUAACAAUCCAAAAUUAAAUCUCCUUCAUGUCAAGAAUGAUGGUGAAAACAUUAUUUUAGACAUUAAUGCCUUUAAAGAUUCUAUGGAUUUAUUUGAAGAAUGGAAAACUGUUGUUGAUUUAUAAAAUUUUGCUGUCUUGAAUAAAAAUGAUUGAAUUCUGAAACUGAAUAUUAAAAGA